UGACGCAAUCGACGGGCAGUCACUAGAAAGGAAGACGAGGAGGAGGAGGAGGAGCAGGUAGCCGUAGGCGCUGUCAGAAGCUGAAGGCCGCCGCGCCGUGGACCACCUCCGCCACCACUCUACCCGCGGUGCUCCGGCCAGGAACCGGAGCUUUUCCGGCCAGUCGGACGACCGACCUGACGGUUUCGGGAGGAGGGACCGACGACCGGACAGGCAGGGAGAGAGAGAAGGAUGUCGGGGGGCGGGACGCAGCAGAGUCUGAGGAAGGCCCUCGGUGCUCUCAAGGACUCCACCACCGUCGGCUUGGCCAAGGUCAACAGCGAUUUCAAGGAUCUGGACGUUGCAAUUGUUAAGGCGACGAAUCACGUGGAGCGGCCGGCGAAGGAGAAGCACAUUCAGGCUAUUUUCUCGGCGAUCUCUGCUUCGAGGCCGAGGGCGGAUGUGGCUUACUGUAUUCAUGCUCUUGCGCGCCGACUUUCGAAGACGCAUAAUUGGGCGGUUGCAUUGAAGACCCUUAUUGUUAUCCAUCGUGCUUUGAGAGAAGUAGAUCCCACUUUUCGUGAAGAACUUAUAAACUACAGCAGAAACAGGGGCCAUAUGCUCAAUUUGUCCCAUUUUAAGGAUGACUCAAGUCCAAAUGCAUGGGACUACUCUGCAUGGGUAAGGGUUUAUGCAUUGUUUCUGGAAGAGAAAUUGGAAUGCUUUCGUGUUCUCAAGUAUGACAUCGAGACAGACGGACCAAGAACAAGGGACCUGGACACAGGUGAUUUACUUGAUCAGUUGCCUGCAAUGCAACAGCUUCUACACCGGCUUCUUGCUUGCCAGCCUCAAGGAGCUGCUGUAUAUAAUUUUGUCAUCCAGUUAGCACUUUCAAUGGUUGCUCGAGAAACUAUAAAGAUUUAUAAUGCUAUAAGCGAUGGCACAAUCAAUCUGAUUGAUAAGUUCUUUGAGAUGCAACGUCAUGAUGCUGUCAGAGCUCUUGAUAUCUACCGAAGAUCUGGACAGCAGGCUGAGAAUUUGUCAAAGUUUUAUGAAGUAUGCAAGGGCCUUGAUGUUGGGCGUGGAGAAAAGUUUGUCAAGAUUGAACAGCCACCUGCAUCAUUCCUUACAGCAAUGGAGGAUUACGUGAAAGAAGCUCCACGUGCUUCAUCAGUCAAGAGAGAUACGGCAAGUGAUGGGAAGGAUGCUUCUAAAGUUGUUCUUGCUCUAGAGUAUAAGAAGCUGCCAGAGGUACAGGAUGUCCAGCAGGAGAAACCGGAAUCACCUGUUCCAUCCUCACAACCAGUAGAGGAGCCAGUAAAAAUGGAGACUCCUAAAUCUGAGCCAGUUGACUUAUUAGGGUUGCAAGAUCCCAGUCCCAAUGCAUCAGUCCUUGAUGAGAAGAAUGCUCUAGCACUGGCGAUUGUUCCUUCUGAUCCAAAACCAGCUGGCCUUGAUCCGGCAACCACGACCACUGGUUGGGAGUUGGCGCUUGUGACUACUCCAAGUUCCAAUGAUGGUGUUCUGGUAGACAGCAAACUGGCUGGAGGAUUGGACAAGCUUACACUGGACAGCUUAUAUGAUGAUGCCAUCUCCAAGAGGGCAAACCAGAACGGCAGCUACCAUCCAUGGCAGGAGGCUUCCAACCCCUUUGAGAUGCAGCGUACUGUUCAUGAUCCAUUUUAUGCAUCAAAUGCAAUUGCUCCGCCUCAUGCUGUUCAGAUGGCAGCUUUACAGCAGCAGCAAGCUUUCAUGUUUCAGCAGCAGCAGCAGAUGAUGCUCGGUCAACAGCAACAGCCGCUCAACCCGUUUGGUAAUCCAUAUGGUGGCAUUGGAGUUCAUUCUUAUGGACCAGGCAUGCCUGUUCCAGCUUACGGUUCACAUGGUACUCUGAUUUAAGCAACUCAUGGGAGAUUGGGGAGAGAUAUGUCGGGUUAGCAACAGAUUUCAAUUUUUUACAUUCAAAUUAUAUGGUAUUUAGGAGGAAGAAGAGGAUGAAGAGAGAGGGAGGUGUACGAUAUCACUAUCAGUUGUAAGAAUAUCUGUGCCGAGUGAAACUUAUUGAAGUCGAGUAAGCCUGGUGUCGGGGGCUCUGCAAUUUCCAAUUGCAUUCAUCCCCAUCUGUAAUAUUGGUAUGCACUAUCUAUUCUUAUUCUUUCGAUUGGAUAAGUUAUAUGCUAUGGGCAUUGGAUC